GAGAACAGACCAAACAAUCGAUCUCACCCCUCAAAGUGUUAGAUGUUCCCUCGGUGUACCAGGGACAUGGUGGUAUCGAUAUGGAAGAAACCCUGAAGCUAGCGGCUCAAAUGGGUUGUACUGUGGAGGAAUUGCUGGGUUCCCAAGAUGGUGCACUACCCAUUGCUGAUAUAGCCCCUAAAUUUGUCUACGGGGCUGACUUGGUCAGCAGAGAGCUGCUGCGUCAACUGCCAACGCAUAUGCGGAAUUUGCAUCAGUGGUACCUUGAUGUGUGCAAGGAGAACACGACAUUCAUCGUGGCGAAUAUCCCAGAUGCAUAUUACUUCCGAAGGGAGGUUCUCCAUAUUGAGAUUUCCGAACUCUGGCAGUUAUUCAAUUUAGACUCCCUCGACAAAUCUCUCAUGAGCUGCUAUUGCUUACUGAAGAUCGAUGAAUGCAGAAUAAAGAAUAUAACCAAUAUUGGGUUUGUUGACCCAGAUAAAGUACAUCACGACACGGUAAGGGAUAAAGACGAAGAAACGGGGGGAAACCUACUAAGGUGA